AUGGGCCAGAUUGCUAGUAACGAGGAAAACAACGAUUCUUCUAAACUGCUCGUCCUUGAGCUGUUUACCAAAGAGCAAAUCUUGAAAUUCUUCCAAUUGCGUUGUGUUAACCUUCUUUCCAAAGAUGAACUAUCCUCGUUAGCCUCGAGGCUCAAUGUCACCUCAGCUAACGACCCAGACACAGCAAUCUCGUACUCGGAUGUGGCAUAUGUGCUUCAAUUAUCUAACGAUAAGGAGCAGGAUAUCCUGGAGGUCCAUGAAAGUUUUGUGAGUGCUGUGAAAUUCUUGACUAGGGUUUUGGGUGCUCUCGGGACCUUACCCUUUCUUCAGGAUUCACUUAGGGAGACCGAUGAGCCUUUGACUCUACGAAAGAUGGUGAUAGCAUCGACAGUGUUGCUGGGGAGGAUACGGCGAAUGUUGGGCUCCAAGUAUAACUACUUGAAACUACUCUUUCUUGCCUUUUCCGUGGCAUCCGGAACACUGAGUGCGUCUCUGUCAGAGAAGAACGAGUCCGACCCUGAGAAAAGUGACGUGGCCAAUGGUGACGACCAGUUCGUUGUCGAAGCAGUGAAGAUACCAUCACACCUUGAGAACGACCAGGAUGAUUUUGAGACGUCUCGAAGAAUCAAAUGGGACUCAUUUGGCAAUAUCAAGUCUUAUGAUGAGAUAGACGUCAAGCAGCAUAGCAUGAAAGCCUCUGACCUUUUGAAUUUGUUAACACUUUUGUUGAUAGUCAGCUCUGUCCCCAAAAAGUCCCAUAUUGAGAUGCAAGCGCACAUCCAGAAGAACAUAAAGGAGAAAUGGAUUGAGUUUGAAGACUGUGCCCUCACACUAGUGAGAUACUUUGACAUUGAAAUCGAGAAGCUGAAUGUAAGAAGCAGAUCAAUCUCGUUUGAGCAGUUUAGUUCUGCUUGCCAAGAGGGAAUUGGCCGCUUUAUCAUUGACAAGCUUGCUAAACUAGUCGAACGCAGCAUACUUUCUCCAAUUGUGUCAGACGGCAAGAUCACAAAGAAGGAAGAGAAAGAAGAGGAAGAAGAGACCCACCAGGAAUAUCUGUAUCUCAAACUGUCACCCAAGAAGUCCGCGAAGAAGCAUAAGUUCGAGGAAACCAGGCUUAUCAACGAGCCCUCAAUAUCAUUGAUAGCAUUGGCUCUCCGAAAUGCCGGAAGUAACGUCAAAAUCGGCACUUCAAAUCUUAUUCAGCUUUAUAACGGAUCGCAAAGUGGGUUUUCUGUGAGGUCUUUAGAGCUGAAGAUCUUCAAGUGGCACGCACCGACCAUAUUCUUGGUAUCAGGUAAACGGCUCAAGCAGAAAACCAUCAGCACGAAUAGGAGGUAUCAGCAAUUUGACCAAGAGUAUCCAAGAUAUUUCCUUAGUAAUGAAAACUCACAAAGGGACUGGCAGAAAGACCUGGAUAGACUCACAUAUGCCGUGUUUGUGCAUCUGCCUUGGAGAAGUUCCAACAAAAAGAACUUUGGUGAUGAAGAAUCAGUGAUCAUUAGUCUUCUGCCGCGGUUUGAUUUCCAUAAGACGAAGCCUGAUCCUGUUUUACAAGGCCGGCUGAUCUAUUUCAGUAAUUUGGGUAUGGGCGUUGGCUUUGGAAAUGAUCAACCGGUGAACAAGAAUACCGUUCGGAAAUAUCUACCCGGUAAUGUCUCGCUUACCAUAGAAGCCAACCUCGAGUUUGCCGUGUUCAGGCAUAUUCGUAGUGCUGGGCCAAACACAACAAAUUACUUUGAAAAGUCUUCACAAAGAAGCAUCGAGGACGAAGACUUCGAAGACAGGUUCAUGAUAACUGAUUUGGAGGUCUGGGGUGUUGGUUCCAAUAAAGAAUUGGACGAGCAGAGGAAGCAAUGGGAAUGGGAAGAGAAACAGGCAAAAGCCAGGCAAAGUGUUAACAUAAGGAAUACGGGAGAGGAACGUGCAUUCCUCGAAAUGGCGGGAUUAGUGGGAAAUCACGGUGCAGGCGGCUCCGUGUAA